AUGCCGGGGCGGCGAAACAAGCAGCAAGACUCCGAGCCCGUUAUUGGUCGACCCCGUCGAGGCCGUGGGCAGGCCAGCAGCAGGGGCCGUGGACGUAGUGGCCCUGCUACUGCUACUGCCGCACCUGUUCCUCCGCCAGCCACACGUGCCGUUGCACCCCCUCCUGCGCCUGCGCCUGCAGCUCCCAGCGUCUCGUCGCUCGCUUUGGAGCUCGAGGAGAAAGCGCGUAUCCCUGAUGAGCCGCGUCUAGUGCAGCCACUCGUGCGCACCCACUUCCCUCCCCGUCCGGGCUUCGGCAAGGCUGGCAAACCUGUGAAGCUGCAUGCUAACCACUUCAAGGUCAACUUCAAGUUAGCAGGCGACGUGUUUCACUACGACGUCAUGAUGUCCGAGGGCGGCCGGAGCUUUGGUAACGAUGGACCACCCAAGACGCUGGCCAACAAGAUCAUGGCAGCGCUCUUGUCUGAGCUUAAGCGCCAAUUUCCGGCGUUUAUGGUGGUAUCCGACGCGCGUAAGAAUAUUUACGCCCCGCGUCGACUACCGUUCCAACUCCAAGAGUUUGGCUCACUCACGCUACCUGAAGACGGAGGCAGAGCCAGAGAGUUCUCCGCCACUGUGAAAGAAGCCGACCCAGUGGCUAUCCGCAUGCAGCAAUUGGACGAGCUCUUCGCCGGGCGCUUGAAUUACACGCCGCAUGACGCACUGCAAGCGCUCGACGUGGCUCUGCGCCAUUCUGCAUCGCAGAGAUUCACUGUGGUCGGACGGAAUCUAUUCAAUGGCAACGGAGCCAAAUCCCUCGGAGAAGGAGCCGAGCUCUGGUUCGGCUACUUCCAGAGCUUGCGAGCCACGCAAAACCGCCUUGUAGUCAACUUGGACUUGGCAGCCACUGCCUUCGUAGAGGAGAUGGACGUGCUAGACUUCCUCUGCGAGUCGCUAUCCUUGAGGAACCUCCCAGCUGCUCUGAAUAACCCCCAACACUCGGCCUUCAGUAAGGCCAUCCGUGGCGUUAAGGUGAACAUCACUCAUCGUCCAGGAGUGAGACGCAGCUACCGUGUUAACGGUCUGACCAAGACAAGCGCACAAGACACGUACUUCGAGAACGACGAGGGGCAACGUCUUAACAUCGUGCAAUAUUUCCAAAAGACGUACAACCUGCGUCUCCGCUACCCAAAGCUGCCGUGUUUGCAUGUUGGAGCCCCUCAGAAGAAGAAUUAUCUUCCUAUGGAGGUGUGUCACAUUAUGGCGGGACAGAAAUGUCCUCGCAAGGUCACGGACAACCAAGUGGCCAAUAUGAUAAAGUUUACGUGCACGCCGCCCGACCAACGCAAGCGAUCGAUCGAGCAGAAGUUCCGUGAAGCUGGCUUCAAUACGGACCCGACCCUGAGAGCCUUUGGGCUGGAAGUGGAGCCACGGAUGGUUGAGACGACGGGCCGCCAGUUGCCACCGCCUACGAUUGAGUACAGCGGAGGAGCUCGUGAGAAUCCUCGUGACGGAGCGUGGAACAUGCGCGGCAAGAAGUUCAACACGCCAGCGCAGCUCAAGUCGUGGGCGGUUAUCAGUAUGGCCGACCCGAGAUACUGCGACCAAACGAGUAUCGAGAAGUUUUUUAAGGCGGUGAUGGCGCAGAUGGGUCAGUUGGGCAUGCGAUGUCCGCCUAAACUGCCUCCGAUCCUGCUGAAGCAGCGCCGGGAGGAUUCAGUGCGUGGAAUGUUCCAAGCGGGAGUGAAGGCGGCCAGUCAGACGUUCAAGACGCCGCCGCAGAUCAUCUGGAUGAUCAAUCCGCGUAUGGAUGCACACGCUUAUGGAGAGUUAAAGCUGAUGUCGGACAGUGAGGCAGGGGUGGGUAUUCUGUCGCAGUGUAUGCUGUCGAAGCAUAUCCCGAAGUGCAACCCGCAGUACAUCGCCAACAUCCUGAUGAAGGUGAACACCAAGCUGGGCGGCAGGAACGGUGUGAUCAGUGGACAGCUGCCGCUGGUGUCGGCGUCGCGCACCAUAAUCUUUGGAGCUGAUGUAACGCAUCCUAGUCCAAUGGACAGGAGUCGACCGUCUAUCGCUGCUGUGACAGCCUCUAUGGACGCCAACUUCAUCCGCCACGCGUCGGCGAUCCGUGCGCAGGGCCACCGUGUGGAGCAGAUUAUGAAUCUAAAGGAUAUGGUGGUGGAGCUGUUGAAGCAGUUCUACAGGCAGACCCGUGGCAAACCAGAUCGUAUUGUCUUCUACCGCGAUGGAGUGAGCGAAGGACAGUUCCACAUGGUGUUAAACUUUGAAGUCACGGCUAUUCGUGAGGCCUGCCGGACGCUGGAGGUCGGCUACUUGCCUCCGAUCACGUUUGUGAUAGUCCAGAAGCGUCACAAUACUCGUCUGUUCCCCGACAACCCGAAAGAUGCGGAUCGCAGUGGCAACGUGAAGGCUGGAACUGUUGUGGACACGGGUAUCUGUCAUCCGAUCGAAAACGAUUUCUAUCUGAUGAGUCACGCUGGGCUACAAGGCACUAGCCGUCCCACGCACUAUCAUGUGCUGCUGAAUGAAAUCGGCUUUACGGCGGAUGAACUGCAGACGCUUACGUACAAACUGUGCUAUACGUUCGCACGCUGCACUCGUUCUGUCUCCAUGGUCCCGUCGGCCUACUAUUCGCAUCUCGUGGCAUUCCGUGCGCGAUUCUUCCUGGCGGAGGGUAGUGACACUGCCUCAACGGUCUCUGGCUUCAGUGAAACUGCGCCAGAAACAGAUACGCGCAUGUAUGACUUGCACCAAGCCAUGAAGAGCGAGAUGUACUUCGUGUAA